AUGGAAGACAAACAACAAUAUAUUCAACGUGAACGUGAAGCUGACUCUUUGAGAUCAUUUGCCUUUGCAGCUGUUGCUAUUUCUACUGUAGCAGUACUUAUCUCUAUUUUCUCAGUACCAAUGCUUUACAAUCAUAUGCAACAGAUGCAAACUGUUAUGCAAAAUGAAGUAGAUUUCUGUAGAUCUCGUUCUGGAAAUAUCUGGAAAGAAGUAACAAGAACACAAGUUCUUUCUAAAGUUACUGGAGGAAGAUUUGCUCGUCAAGCUGGAUAUGGAACCUCAGAAGGUGUUGAUGGAUCAUUUGCUGCUCAACCAACCGGGGGAUGUUGUGGAUGUGGUGUUUCUGCUCAAGGUCCACCAGGACCACCAGGACCAGAUGGUCAAGAUGGACAAGAUGGAGCACCAGGUCUUCCAGGAAAAGAUGGCCCAGAUGGUCCAGCCGCCACACCAGCACCAGCAUUCGAUUUCUGCUUUGACUGCCCAGCCGGACCACCAGGACCAGCCGGUAAUCCAGGACCAAAAGGAGCACCAGGAAACGCCGGAGCCCCAGGAAGUGAUGGAGCCCCAGGAAACCCAGGAUCUGAUGGACCAGAAGGACCAGCAGGACCAGCCGGAUCAGAUGGUGCACCAGGUAAUGCCGGAGCUCCAGGAGCACCAGGUAUUGUUGAAGAAGUUGAAGGACCAGAAGGACCAGCUGGACCAGCCGGAGCCCCAGGAGCACCAGGAGCCGAUGGACAACCAGGAGCACCAGGAGAAGCUGGACAACCAGGACCAGAAGGGCCAGCAGGAGAUGCCGGAUCAGAUGGAGCUCCAGGAGCACCAGGAGCCAAUGGAGAACAAGGUCCAGAAGGACCACAAGGAGAGAAAGGAGCAUGCAACCACUGUCCACCACCAAGAACUGCUCCAGGAUAUUAA